AUGCGCAGGCCGGAUUCCGUCAUGAGAAAGUCCCAAAGGCUGAACAACGGCAACUUCAUCACCAUCGUCUGCAAGGCCGUCGAGGGCGUCUUUGGCUACGCGAUGCAUCGAGGCGAGGAUAUAUACCUCGAUCCACACAAUUGUCGUCCUUUCUACUUCAGCCAUCUAGGAAAAGCGAUGCGUACCUGGGUCACUACCAGCCCGGAAAACACUACGUUUGGUCACGGUCUAAACGCCUGUCCAGAUCUUGGUGGCAUACCUCCUCUUGACCUACGGCAAUCAGCCGAGGGAGUCGCCACCACAGAAGCUGUGGCGAGUGUUAUCGCAGGUCGCUGGGAUCAAGCCUAUAUUCCAGAUGCGUCGAAGAAAUCGUGA